AUGUGGAUUUAUAGUGGAGAAGUUGAGGCCACUGAAAACGCUUUGUUCUUAUCCGACUUGAUGACAUUAGCCAAAGCGCACGAGCUUUCAGAUCUUAUUCAACAAUGUGAGACAUUGCUUGAACCUUUGCUUAACGUAUACAACUGUUUGUAUUUGUAUGAAGCUGCAUACAACGCCAAAGCUAACUUACUGCUGGAACGUAGCUACCUGCUUUUAUCCAACACCUGGGACUCGGUUGCGCCAGAUCAACUGAAACAACUAUCCCCACUCGUGUUACGCUCUAUCUUGGAAAAGCAAACACGAUUUCCUUUGCAUUUGGCCAUAGAACUGCAACGUGUGGAUGUCGCGCGCUCAAUACUCGAAUUGAACACAGCGGAAAUAUGGCGAAUGGUCAACCAACUGGACGACGCCGGCUUAUCCCCCUUAUUUCUGGCUCUACGCCAUAAUCUUUGGGACUUAUCGGAGGAGCUGCUCCGCGACGGUGCUGAUCUCAGUCUACUUACUGGACCUGAUGACGACCGGCAACCCACUGGGCACUAUGCACUUCUUUGUGGUCUACAUGUAGGCGUCCAGUUUCUUGUGGAUCACGGAUACGAGGUUGAUCUAUCCGCGGGACCAAAGCAGCGUACUCUGCUGCACAUGUUGGCUGCUAACGGUCCUGAUCACGAGCAGAGCGAGUCGGAAGCACGCCUCGUACACACUCUGAUGAAUAAAAUGGUUGAUGUCUCUGUGCCAGAUGCGGAUGGAAACGGCCCUCUUCAUCUGAGUAUCAUGCAUCACAAUAUGGCCAUAUUUCAUUUGUUCAUCGAUCAAGCGGAGCGAUUCGAUCUUAACGCCACAAAUCAUCUUGGUGUACCACCUUUGUGGUUGGCGUUGGUCGUAGAUUUCGGCAGAGAUCACUCGAACCUGUUACGCUCAGUGAAUUCGCUUGCAUCUACCACUGCGCCGCCAUCCGCAUUCAGUGCCGAAUUGAUCAAAGCUGGUGCAGAUGUGAAUUACUGCUUUCAUCUGGAUAGUGUGCAUCCGCUUCCGUCCGAUGGACCUUCUGAUGGGGACACCCUACUCAUGGCGUGUGUUCGUUGUCGCCUCGAAUCAGCUGCUCUGUUUCUUUUGCAGCACCUCUCGAUUGCGGAUGUGCAUCACACAAAAUCCUCAGGCGAGAGCGUUUUUCAUGUCGCAGUCGAAUCCGAGCUGGGCGAAUUAUGCACAGUCCUUGCCACCACGUACCAGUGUGAUCCGAAUCAAUAUCGAGUACAGGCGGUGGCCAAUGAUUUUCUACCUUCCAAAAUUUCUGUUCAAAAGGACAACUCUGUGGAAGCAGAUGGAACUGAACCCGUGAGCCCAACGUCUAGCUAUGCGGAAAAGUCCCCGAGGAUGUCGUCCACCUCGGACUACCCUCUGGACACUCCUUUCGACUGCGACUCUCCUUCGGAAGAACUAGAUGUACACACCUCAUUGGGGAAUGUAAACCACAUUGGAUGGACGACAUCGGAUCGGACUCCAUCACCACCCCAACCUAGUGCUCGAGUGGAGAGGCGCACUCCAUUGCAUUUGGCUUUACCUCAUGGAAUGGUUCGACUGGUCGAGUUGUAUUUGGACCGCCAAGCAAGCCGCGAUGCUGACUGGUUUUCCAUGAACGAGGUGGGCGAUUCGGUUCUCAGCUUAGCUUUGUGGUCUCAGCGCUUUGAUUUGGCCAAUCGCAUCCUCAUCGCCGCAUUGAAGCAGUAUCAAAAACGAGAUUUGACUCCAACAAACAUGAGCCUCAUUCAGUCUGUGUUGCUUCAAUUCAGUCCCCGUGCAUUCGGCCCAUCGUUGCUACAUCGUGCAGUGGAGUGUGGCCGGAUGGAAGUGGUUCGCUUCUUGUUGCAACAUGAAGCUACUGUGAAUGAUAGCUUCGGUAUAGACAUGCCAUCUACCUCUCCCAAUCUGGACGAUCAGCAUCCUCCCGACGACUCUAACACGCGGUCAGACAGUGUUGUGUGCCCUUUGUGGUGUGCGCUACUUCGACGCGACUGGAACAUAGCCAGUCUCUUGAUAUCGCAUGGGGCAGAUGUCAACUUUUGGAGUUCCUUCAAAAACACGCCGAUUCACCUCACUCUAUUGCAUCGCGCUGUGCAGCAGGAGAAUGAACCUAUCGCCCAAUUUCUCAUCGAAAACAACUGUGAUGUGAAUGCCAUUCCUCAAUGUCCUGACCUGUACAAACCCCGUUCACUGUUAUCCGAUCUUAAAAAACUACGUAUUGAUUGCGCCUGGACCCCGCUUCACAUGUGCGCCUCAAUCGGGUUGGCCCAAAUUACGCACUCUCUGCUCGAAUGCGGUCGCACAGAUGUGAAUCAUCAAGAUUUGGAGGGGAACACCGCACUUCACAUCGCGGUACGUGCUGGACACACGGAUCUCGUCAAGGCGCUCCUGCGAUGUCCAGUACUGGAUUGUACGGUGAAGAAUGUUCUCAAACACACACCCUUCCACGUUGCAAUGGAAUGUCGACACGUGAAGGCUGCCCAGGCCCUACUGGAGAGAGAUCCCACUCUUGCCUUGCAAACUGAUGACACGGGAAUGAAUUUUCUUCAUGUGGCGUUACAAAAUAAAGACCGUAGUGCGGUGUUCCUCCUCAUCCAAGCGGGGAUGGAUAUGAACCAGUGCGUUCGGGACUCCAAUCAACACACUCCACUUCAUUUGGCCAUAAUUGCUGGGGUCCCUGAUGAUGUGUUUCGCAGCCUGCUCUUGGCAGGUGCCUCCAUGUCCUCACGCACUCCCCAAAAAUACACGCCCCUCCACCUUUGCGUGAUCUACGAUCGACCGGAACUGCUUCAAGCUCUGAUCGAGAAUGGCGCAGAUGUGAACGAACAAGACUCAGAAAUGAACACACCGCUUCAUCUGGCAAUUCGAACGGCCAACAUCCCCUGCCUCACCAUACUGCUGGCUUGUCCACAGACAGACUGUCACAUCAUGAACAUUCGCGGUCAGCUUGGCAUUCAUCUUCUGGCGGAGCAUAGCCCCAACGUUUCGGUAGAGAUACUUCAGCACUUACUCGAGGUUUGCGUCGCCCUGCAGGUGAACGCCAAAGAUGCAUCGGGAAACACACCCCUCCUUCUGGCUUAUCGCGCUAACAACGUUCCUCUGUGCAUUGCUCUUGUCCAUGCGGGUGCUUUGCUUGGAUCUUCAAACGUGGACGGUCACAGCAUUUUCACUCUCAGUCGCAUGCGUUACAAGUCCUCGACUGCAGAUCGAACACUCGCACAAAUACUCGACUCACUCGUGCAAGAACCUCGUUGGGAAGAUGGUGUGGCAUGUGUCGAAUGUUCGAGUAAAUUUGGUUUAUCGAACCGAAAACAUCACUGUCGUCAUUGUGGACGUCUGCUGUGCUCUCAGUGUUCCUCCUUCUGGCUACCAGUAGUCAAGUUCGGUCUCGCGAGACCGGUUCGCGUGUGCGGUGUGUGUUACGAAUUCCUAAACAAUCCCCUGGGAUUCUGAAGCUCAAAUUUUGAUUGCUUUCAAUUCCCGUCCGGUCGAUCCAUGUUCAGUUGUCCAUAGCCCAUCAGUGAAACUUCUUAUGAACUGUGAUAUUCAUUCAUUGUGGUCUCCGUGCUUCUUCGCCUUCUCCACAAUCUGUAGAAUUUUGAUUUCUUUCUUCCUCCUUCUGAUUUGACCAGUAUUGAUUUUUCAACAUCCGAGUGCAAAUGGUUUUUUAUCCUGUUCACAAUGCAUUUUCACUCAUCAUGCUACUUAUGCUACUCUACUUUUGCACGCGAUUCUUACCUGUUUCACACAUAACUGUUACCGAACACAAUCUGCAAAUCACUUUUCUUCAGAGAAGAUAUAUUUGAGGAUCUCUUUCUUAUUUAAAUAAGCUACCUUCUUAGUCACUUUUAUUCAUUAUUCUAGUCGAACGACCUUAUCUGAACAACCCGGUUUCUUCAAACCGAAAUCAUUAGUUCUAUUUUUGCUUAAACCAAAUACACAUUUCAUUAAAUGUUUCGUAUCACACGG